CAAUUCCAGAAAAUAAACCAGGGUUUAAGUUAUCUUUUGCACAAACCACUGGUCGCUAGGGUUUAAGAUACCACCGCAAUCUCUGCGCACUGCUCAAAUUUUGGGUUUAAGGAAUGGCCGCUCGAUUACUAAUCCCUAGGGCAUCGAGAGCCGUAAAUCAAUUGAUUCAUCCCUCUUUCUCAUCUGCUCUAGAGCCCCUCCCAACGCCGGCGAUCUCGCAAUGCAUCAGAAACCUCCAUUCCUUCUUCUCCCAACAACUUAAUCCUAACAAGAGAUCAGAAAUCAGCCGACCCUCGAAUUCGAGGUCUAUGGUCUCUGCUGAGGCCAUCUCAUCUGCGCUCGAUCUCGAUUCGAGGGUUCCGGCCACCAUCAUCACUGGAUUCCUUGGCUCCGGAAAGACAACUCUAUUAAACCAUAUAUUGACCUCUCAACAUGGGAAGAGGAUUGCUGUUAUUGAGAAUGAGUUUGGGGAGGUAGACAUAGAUAGUUCACUGGUAGCUAGCCAUUCCACUUCGUCUGAUGACAUUUUAAUGGUGAAUAAUGGCUGUCUAUGCUGCACUGUCAGAGGUGACCUAGUUAAAAUGCUACUGGAGUUGGUCAAGAAAAAACGAGAUAAGUUCGACCACAUUGUCAUAGAGACGACAGGUCUUGCAAAGCCUUCUCCUGUCAUUGAAACAUUCAAUUCCGAUGAACUGCUUGCGCAACAUAUAAAACUUGAUGGUGUAGUUACUCUUGUGGACUGUAAGCAUGCUACACAACAUUUGAAUGAAGUGAAGCCUCGGUGGGUGGUGAAUGAGGCAGUAGAACAAAUAGCAUAUGCAGACCGCAUUAUUUUAAAUAAGAUAGAUUUGGUGAACGAGGCUGAAUUGCAGGCACUGACUAAGAGAAUUAAGCAUAUAAAUGGGAUGGCACAAAUAAAGCAAGCAAAGUUUGGUGAUGUUGAUAUGGAUUUUGUAUUGGGAGUGGGUGGAUAUGAUUUGGACAGGAUUGAGUCUGAAGUUGAGGGGAAUACGCAGCAUUGCGCAGAUGGACAUGAUCAUCAUGGGGAACAUCAUCAUGAUCAUGUGCAUGAUGCCGCAGUUACAAGUGUUAGCAUAGUUUCUGAAGGAACCGUUGAUCUCGAUGAGGUUAAUGAUUGGCUUGAAACACUGGUGAACGAUAAAGGGGAGGAUUUGUACAGGAUGAAAGGUGUGAUAUCUGUAAACGAAUCUACUGGACGUUAUGUUUUUCAGGGGGUGCAUUCUAUGUUGGAAGGCUGCCCUGCCAAACCUUGGGAUCCUCAGGAGAAGAGAAUGAACAAGCUUGUGUUUAUUGGAAGGAACCUCGAUGAAACUGCAUUGAGAAAGGCUUUUAAGGGAUGUUUAGUAUGAAUUCUCAAGGUGGCAAAGUUUGUAUAUGAGAGUCGAGAAUGCAAUUUAGCUCAUUAAGGGGUUUCCACAAUGCCAAAAGGUGGCAGAAUACUGAUGGCUUUCCUCUGGGAGUGUUUUCUGAAUGGUCUAGGCGUGUAAGUUGAGAUUGUCUUUGUAAUAUAUUAGUUGAGGGUUCUAAAAUGUCAUGUAUCAGGAGAACCACCAACUGCGGGACAUAGUAUGAUAAAGUAGGAGAUUUUAGUGAUACUGUGAGAAACCAACUGUUUUGAGUACACAUCCCAAAUACAAAGGGAUUGGACUAUUGAUACCUAUAGUACUUGAUAUUCUGACUUUGGUGUUUUUGAC